CUUGAUGGCAUUUGACUAGAUGGCCGCGGAGCAGAGCUUGCUGCUGGAGGCUGGCGCCAAGGCGUCGCUGUCGCCGCGCACGCCGCGCUACUCGCACUCGCGCUGGGUCAUUGGCGUGAGCUGCGUCGUGGUCGUGGCCAUUAUCUGGACCUUUGCCAGCGUCCUCGUGCAGUACGUCUUCCACGACCUCGGCUUCAACAAGCCCUUCUUCCUCACGUACGUCGCCAACUCGCUCUUCGCCGUGAACCUGCCGCUCUACUACGGCGGCAAGUACCUCGGCUACGUGGUCCCGUCGUCGCGCCAGGCGAGCGCCCGCGACACGCUCGUCAUCAGCGCCAUCGUCGCGCCGCUCUGGUUCCUCGCCAACUUUACCUACAACAUUAGCCUCAACAUGACGAGCGUCACGAGCAGCACGAUCAUUAGCUCGACCUCGGCCAUGUUUACGUUUGGCCUCAGCAUCGCGUACCUCGGCGAGCGCUUUAGCUACGCCAAGCUUGGCGGCGUCGGUCUCUGCAUGCUCGGCAACUCGGCCACCGUCUUCAACGACUCUGGGAACACGACGCGCGACAACGUGUGGGGCGACGUCCUCGCGGUCUUUGCGGCCUUCAUGUACGGUGUGUAUACGACCGCGAUCCGGCGCCUGAUUCCCGACGAAGGCAAGGUGAGCCUCGGCCUCUUCUUUGGGCUCCUCGGCCUCCUCAACUUUGUGUGCUUGCUGCCGCUCGUGCUGGUGCUGCACUGGACGCAGCUCGAGAACCUCUCGGGGCUCACGAGCGAGAUCCUCGGGCUCCUCACCAUCAAGGGCCUCUUCGACAACGUGCUGAGCGACUACCUCUGGGCGCUCGCGAUGCUCUUCACGACGCCGACGGUCGCGACGAUCGGGCUCUCGCUCACCGUGCCCUUUGCGAUCGUCUCGGACUUUCUCUUCCAUAGCGUCUCGCCGACGCUGGUGACGGUCUUGGCGUCCAUUUUUGUGAUUGCCGGCUUUGUGCUUAUCAACGUCACGAGCGAAAAGGCCGAGGCCGACAAAGCAUAGCCUAGUUCUUUUGCUAAUAUAUACUAUCGAAAUACUACAGCUGCG